CUAGAGUCUGUGACGUGCGCCGUCCGGUUCCUACAAUCUCCAUGUGCUAUUUCCGGACAGCUGGUGCCGGUGUCAUUGGGAAGUUCAGAGCUACAGACCAUGCCUGUCAGGGUGCUGCUCUCUAGGCGGCUCCUCUUUCCACUCCGGUACCAGGCUGGACCCGUUGCCCCGUGGAGGGCUGUGAGUACCGGCUGGUUCCCUGUGGGGGCCGCAUUCAAUGUGAAGCAGCAGCAGCGGAGGCUUGAUGUGUUCGGCAAGAACACGGGUCUGUUUGGAGUCCCAGAGCUGAGUUCCCCAGAGGGAUUCCGGAUAGUUCAGGACAAUGCUCUUCGGAACACAGAGUCUCUGGUGGAGAAGGUGUGCUCCAUUCCGCCCAGUGCAGAGACAGUCAGGAUAUUUGACCAGCUUUCCGAUGAGCUCUGCAAGGUUGCAGACUUGGCUGAUUUUGUCAAAAUCGCCCAUCCUGACUCUUCCUACAGGGAAGCUGCUGAGGAGACCUGCAGGAACAUAGGUACCAUGGUGGAGAAGCUGAAUACAAAUACAGAUCUGUGCCAAAGUUUAAGGUCUCUUCUGGGAAAUCAGCAAGUUAUGGAUUCAUUGGACCCUGAAACGAGGCGUGUGGCUGAACUGUUUUUGAUUGAUUUUGAGAUAAGCGGAAUUCAUCUGGACGAGGAAAAGAGAAAGAAAGCUGUAAACCUGAAUGUGCUGAUAUCGGACCUAAGUAGUGAAUUCCUGCUAGGAGCUCAUUUACCCAAUCGCAUUGACAAGCAGGCCUUGCCUGAGCACAUUCACUCCCAGUUUCCCUGGGAUGGAAGAUAUAUACAAGUCAGUGGUUUACUUGCAGAUUCGACUGACGAUCUGGUACGAGAAGCUGCCUACAAGAUUUUCCUUUAUCCCAAUGCCAACCAGCUGGAGUGCUUGGAGGAACUGCUUGCAAGCAGAAAUACCCUGGCACAGCUUGUGGGGUACCCCACAUUUGCACACAGGGCGUUACUAGGGACCAUGGCAAAAACUCCAGAGACAGUACAGAUGUUUCUUCAAAAAUUGUCGGACAAAUUACACGAUCGUCUAAUGCAAUUGGAUUAUGACCUUCGUACUGAAUGGCAUGGUAGAAACUUCACUGCCUAUGAAACAAGCUGGCACGGUCAGACAGAUAUCAAUCUGAUGCCAUGGGAUCAUCCUUACUACAGUGGUGUAUUACGCGCAGAGAGGUAUAACAUAGAGCCCAGUUUGUAUUCUCCAUUUUUCUCACUGGGUGCCUGCAUGGAGGGGCUGAGCUCCAUUUUUAACCAACUCCUUGGAAUCUCCCUGUUUUGUGAACAACCAGAGAAGGGAGAGGUUUGGUGUGAAGAUGUCCGCAAGCUGGCUGUUGUACAUGAAGAGGAAGGUUUGCUAGGAUACAUUUAUUGUGACUUCUUCCACAGAGCAGAGAAGCCCCCCCAGGACUGUCACUUCACCAUUCGGGGAGGGAGACUAAAAGAGAAUGGAGAAUAUCAGCUGCCCGUUGUUGUUCUGAUGCUAAAUUUUCCAGAAUAUAGCAAGAAAUCACCUACCCUGCUCACUCCCGGAAUGAUGGAAAACCUGUUCCAUGAAAUGGGCCAUGCAAUGCAUUCCAUGCUGGGGAGGACACGCUAUCAACAUGUCACCGGGACUAGAUGUGCCACAGAUUUUGCUGAAGUCCCCUCUAUACUGAUGGAAUACUUUGCAAGUGAUUAUCGAGUAGUCAACCAGUUUGCCCGCCAUUACCAAACUGGACAGACGCUGUCAAAGCCUAUGGUUUCUCGUCUUUGUGAGUCCAAAAAAGUUGGGGCAGCAUCAGACAUGCAGCUUCAGGUGUUCUAUGCAAUGUUAGAUCAGAUUUUCCACAGUGUACACCCCUUGAAAGGUUCCACAACUGACAUAUUAAAAGAAACGCAGGAAACUUUUUAUGGGCUACCGUAUGUACCUCAAACAGCUUGGCACCUGAGAUUUAGUCACCUGGCGGGCUACGGAGCGAAGUAUUACUCCUAUUUAAUGUCCAGAGCUGUGGCUUCCAUGGUGUGGAAACAGUGCUUCAUGAAGAAUCCAUUUGAUCGGGCGAUGGGAGAGCGAUAUCGCAGGGAGAUGCUGGCGCAUGGAGGGGGAAAAGAACCUCUGCUCAUGGUUCAAGGCAUGCUCCAGCAAUGCCCGUCAGUGGAUGACCUGGUGGAUGCCCUUGUUUCCGAUUUGGAUCCAGACUUCGAAACGUUCCUUAUGGAUUCAGAAUAGGAGAAUGCCUACGCAAGUUGUCAGCACCCGGGCCGUAUUUUGUUUUUUGAAAUAAACUGUUUCUGGGAAGUUCCAUAUUUUGCAUUGGCCAAGGCAAAUUAGAAUCUGUGCAAGGGACUUAAAUUCUUAGCACUUUUUGAAUCUUGAAAGGAUAUUCCAGAAUAAGGGUUAUUUCUAGAUCAGGGUUCUCGGCCCUUGGUCCCCAAUGUGUCUUCUGGUUUCAGAAUAUAUUAUACCCAGGGUGCAUGUGCCAUUUCCCACACUGCCAUUUUGAUCCAGACAAGAGAUGUCAAGACCUGGUCGUGCACUCUUGGUGAUAGGCAGUUUUUAUUAAAGAGAAUGAGAGGUCACAGGGUCAGGCUCUAGUGAUUUGCCGGUGAGAAUACAGUAUGUGUGAACUCACUAUUUUAGUUUGAAAUCAGGAGUCAGGAGGCAUCUCAGAUUCUUCCAUGUCUAUGGAGUAGGGACGUCUCUAGAGAAUAUAACAGAGUUUAUUAUUUGACCAAUCGCCAUUAUAGUCAUCAGCAGGGAGGAGUCUCCCGGCAUGUCCAACAGAUUCACCUUGGGAAAUUACACUUUUUGGACCCGAGGUCAAUUUAGUCCAACUAAGAGUGUCCAGUUUUAUUUGACAGUGUGUACCCAACAUGAGUCUAAGAGUGCAGGUAGUACAGAGUUCUUCAUAUCCUCAAUUUUCUUUUUCAUUUGUACAGUUUAUUAAUAGCAAAAGUGACCUCUUUUGUAAAUUAUUUUAUAUGAUGGUGGGUUGCUUUCUGUGUUACUGCUCAAGUGAAAACAUUUCAAUAAAUAGCUAUUCAAAUGUAUUUCGGAGACAAGUACUAUCCACAGCAUGUUGACCUAUGCUUUAAUGCCUCUCUAGACCCCGUGUUCAUCGAAUGACAAGUAACAUCCUAAAAUGCAAAAAGAUCUCUUUUCCAUGUAUCUGCUGAUCUGGGGGUUACACGUUUACUGUUUCUUGGGUCUCAUCAAUAAAGUCACAGGGGCAGGAUGACCAUCAGGGGGGCACAGGGGGUACUACUGUAACUCACUUCCGAAAUUAAAUGUGCAAGGUGUUCCUUGCUAGCAUCA